ACGACGACCCGCGACGCGAAGGAGAAGGAGAAGGAGAAGGAGGCCAAGAGCCCACGUCGCGUCGCCCCACGCUCUCCAUGGAACCAUCCGCCGCAACUCUUCCGAAACACCCCUCCGUCUGAAACACCGCCUCUUUCUCUCUCUAUCUCUGUCUGUGCGCGCGCGCGCGCGCGCGUGUGUGUUGGCUUCUCCAAACCCUCGCCGGCCGACCCCAAUGGCCGUCUCGAAGCGGCUCCUGCUGGCGAGGGCCUCGAUGGUCGCGCGGGGCCUCUGCUCCGGGCUCGAGCUCGGAUCGGCGCGGGGCUUUGCCUCGGAGCAGGAGCAGCAGCAGCAGCAGCUCCUCCUCCCGCUGCAGCGGAGCCCUGAGGGGAGGAAUCACCAGUGGGUCUUCCUCGGCUGCCCCGGCGUCGGGAAGGGGACCUACGCCUCGCGGCUGUCGAGCCUCAUCGGCGUCCCCCACAUAGCCACCGGCGACCUCGUCCGGGACGAGCUCGCCGCCUCCGGUCCGCUCUCUUCGCAGCUUGCAGAGAUCGUUAACCAGGGGAAAUUGGUGCCAGAUGAAAUAGUUAUGGAUUUACUGUCGAAACGUCUCGAGGCCCGAGAAGCGAAGGGUGAGACUGGAUUCAUACUCGAUGGCUUCCCUCGGACCGUAAGACAGGCGGAGAUAUUGGAAGGAGUAACCGAUAUCGACUUAGUGGUCAAUUUAAAGCUUCGUGAAGAAGCUCUACUGGCAAAAUGCCUUGGAAGGAGGAUCUGCAGUCAAUGUGGAGGAAAUUACAACAUUGCCAGUAUUGACAUCAAGGGUGAGAAUGGCCAACCUGGAAUGUAUAUGGCUCCACUCCUUCCCCCUCCACAGUGUGCAUCAAAGAUGAUCACUCGGUCUGAUGACACUGAAGAAGUUGUAAAGGAACGACUUCGCAUAUACAAUGAGCUGACAAAACCUGUGGAAGAUUUUUAUAGACAGCGUGGCAAGUUAUUAGAGUUUGAUCUACCAGGAGGGAUCCCAGAGUCGUGGCCAAAGCUGCUGCAAGCUUUGAACCUUGGAGACAAUGAUGAUAAAAGAUCUGCAGCAGCAUAAUUUCUGACGUAUUGUAUCUAGAAGAUGGGGAGUUGUUUCAUUCUUUGUAUGCCAAAGACGUCAUUGCUACCUAUUUCGAGUGGUACAGUAGGAAUGUAUAGACAAUAAGCACGAGUCUGCCAGAGCAAUUUUACGUGACCGGUUGCAGGUGAACGUCUCUAGAAUUAUCAUAGUAUUUGGAUGCUAAGGGUUAACUGUAUAAGCUAUCUAAUUGAUUGAUGAUUCAUUCUCACUGGAGAAUAUUCCAGUUGAGAGCGGUGGGAAAUGAAUUACCGGGUGUAUUUCACAUGCCAAUAUGAAGUGCGAAUACUUAGUCAAAAAACAUCAAGUAUGAACAGAAA